CACACGCAGGUGUUUCCCGCCGCUGUGGUGCGUGUGCGCGUUUCCGAUGCAUUAGCGGUGCGUGAGUUCAUUGCUGCAGCGCCAAAUAGCGCGCCGGCGCACCCUUGGGAGUUUUAUCAAUACAAUGUGCGACGCAGCAAUGCAAUUGGCGCCUUUCGCGCCUUACCCGACACACGUGACACCAGUUGCACCACACGCCGAUACCACCUGACUGCUGCUCAGCUCGUGCGCUCACGCGUCUCCAUAAUCAUUGCCUUUCAUAACGAAGCGCGCUCCGCCCUCAUACGUACCAUUAUGACGCUGUAUCUGCGCACACCACCCCGCCAUCUAUACGAGUUGAUACUGAUCGAUGACUGCAGUGAAGAUAUUGAAUUGUUGCCUGCACUGCUUCGCCUCCAGCUGCCACCAUUUAUGCGCGAUUUUUCAUCCUCAGCGACCGCGAAAUCUUCUCGCACGCACACCAGGUCAGCGCCGUCUGCCGCCUCACCGCAAGUUACAAUUAAAACAGCGCGUAAUAAGCAGCGCUCGGGUGUGAUUGCAUCACGUAAUCGUGGCGCCCGUCUUGCCACCGGCGACUAUUUACUCUUUCUCGACAGUCAUUGUGAGGUUAAUAUUGGUUGGCUGGAGCCACUGCUGGUGCGCGCGGCUGAGGCCGCCGGCGAUGGCGUGAUUGCCGUCAGUCCCGUGCUGGACGGCAUUGAUGCCGAGUCAUUGGCGUAUACGGCGAGUUCCAACAAUCUCAUGGGUGGUUUCGAUUGGAAUUUACAUUUUCAUUGGAUACCGCGACCACAAUCAAUACAAUCACUGCAACAACAACAGCGACCACAACAUUUCGCUCAAAAUGUCAACGCAAAAACCGCAUAUUUACGAGAUUCUGGUUGGGAGGACAAGCUAUUCGGUGAAGCGCGAAUGCGACGCAACACAAAUACCGCCGCAAUGGCAUUCAAAAGCCCCACUGUUGCCGGAGGAAUUUUCAUGAUCACUCGUGAUUGGUUUUUUAAAUUGAAUGGUUUCAAUCCAUUGCUGGAGACUUGGGGUGGCGAGUCCAUUGAAUUCUCCAUUAAAUUGUGGCUUUGUGGCGGUCAAAUCGAGAUUGUGCCAUGCAGCCGAGUCGGACAUAUUUUUCGCAAAGAGCAUCCAUUUCGUUUUCCCAAUGGCAGUGAUAGUCAGACAACGUAUCUAAGGAAUUCAAAAAUCAUCGCCGAGUCUUGGCUGGACGCUUACAAAUACUUUUUCUACGCUUCCAAGCCGGCAGCCAAGCAUAUCUCCGUUAACCAGACCGACAUACAGCUCAGCUAUCAACUAAAAAGUACACUCAAUUGCCGGCCAUUCUCCUGGUAUUUGCUGCAUGUUUUCCCACAACUCAAGCUGCCCAAUGAUGACUUCAUCGCAUUUGGCACUCUAAGCUGCGCCGAGCUUUGCUUGCAAAUCACCAAUCGUGCCACCAACAUCGAUAUCGACAUCGACAUUGUCAGUCAAGUGCAUAUGAGUAGCUGCUUCCAUAGUGAUGUGACGCAUUGGUAUCUGCAUCGACAACAUUCCCAAUUGCGUGCGAGUUCCGGUGCGUGUCUCAAUGUGGAGCGAAUGCCAAAUCGCACGAAUUGGUGGAGGCGUCCGACUCGCCCAUUCAAUUUUCGUGUAGUGCUGCAGCCUUGCAGCGAUGGUGAGGAUGUUGGCGAAAAUGUUGGCCAUUAUCAAAAGCAAAAUCAACGUUGGCUUCGACGUGGCGGUUGGCUGGUGCACCAGCAGACGCAACUAUGUCUCGAUAAUCCGCUAAGCGAUGUGGUGGUCGUCAGUCAUUGCCGUUUUGCAGCACCAACGCAACUGUUUCGUUUCGCCAUGGAGCUGCAACGAUUGUAGAAUGAAUGUAUGGCGCGCGGCGGGUAAAGAAGGAACGGCACUGAAGUAGGUAGGUGUUCAACCGAAGAUCCAAAUGUGAAUGUUGUUGGAGAUGGAUAUUGACUUGAAAUGCAAUACGACAACACUGGCACUGCUGCGGAUACGAACGUAUUUUGAUAGAUGCAGAAAUUAACUAGAAGCUUUGCAAGUCGGAUUAAAUUUGUAUCGAUGUGGUUUUAAAGACCAAAGCAUAGUUGGACAAAAUUAACUUAAGCAUUAGAUAUAA